ACCACUCGGACAAAUGCUGAAGUCGCGACAUUUUCGAUCGUGGGAAUUAUAAAGGCUUCCUUUCUUUAGAUACGUUUGAUUUUUUUCAUCCUUAGAGUAACGUGAUAUCCAGAGGAAAGAUGCCGUUGGUUUUUCUUGAACAACUGCCUCUUCCUUCUCUGCAAUCAUACGUGACUGUGAGCGUGUUGUUGUUCGUUUCGGCCGUUCUCUACGGAUUGAAUGUUACUGUUGGUUCUGAUGAGAACGAAAAGCUGAAUAUCUACGAUUUUAUGUCUCAGGAUAAUUUUUGUUUUUGGUCGAACUUGAACAUGGCCUACUGUUGUUUGUUUUUGUUCGGGAAAAUUAUCCAAAGGGUUGUAUUUGGAGACCUUCGCGCCAGUGAACUUCAGCAAAUUCAAGACAGAUUCUGGAACUUCAUUUUCUACAAGUUUAUUUUCAUUUUCGGGGUUUUAAAUGUGCAGAAAUUCAACGAAGUGAUGUGGUGGACAGCGUGGUUUACUUUACUGGGUUUCUUUCAUUUGUUCACUCAGCUCUGUAAAGACAGAUUUGAAUAUUUGUCUUUCUCACCAACAACGUCUCCCUGGUCUCAUGCAAAAGUGAUUGGUUUACUCAUCAUUUUGGUGUUAUGUUGUAACGGAUUGUUCUUCAUCUGUCUUUUUAUUGGUUGGCCAGAUGGCAUACACACUUUCACAUUCAUGCUGGCUGAGUGUAUGCUGCUACUGAUCAAAAUAGUUCAUGGGCUGAUAAGGUAUGGCAUUCAUCUGUGGGACAUUGGUCACACCAGUAUGUGGGAAGGAAGAAGCACAUGGAGUUAUAACACCGAUAUGAUGAUGGACUUGGCCAUAUACAUUGUUGACUUUGCUCACCACCUUCACAUGCUGUUGUGGUCAAACAUCUUCCUGAGCAUGGCCAGUUUGGUGUUGUGUAUGCAACUUCGUCAUCUCUUCUAUGGGAUCAAGAAAAAGCUGGCAAAAUAUAGGAGUUAUGUAAGGAUUAUCAAGUGUAUGGAGUCAAGAUUUCCCUUGGCUACUGAAGAAGAGUUGAUCAAGAAUAAUGAUGACUGUGCCAUCUGCUGGGAUUCCAUGGUUGCAGCAAGGAAACUACCAUGUGGUCAUCUUUUCCACAAUUCUUGCCUCAGAUCAUGGCUUGAGAAUGACACAUCCUGCCCUACCUGCCGUCAGUCACUUGCCAGCGACCUGCAGCCUGGGCAGGAGGAGCAGAGCCAAUCAAGAGGAAUGGCUGCAUUUAUGAUGGGGCGUGGUCUCAGAAGAAACCACUUUUUCCACUUUGAUGGGUCUCAGAUAGCAAGCUGGUUUCCAAGCUUCUCUGUAGAGGUCAUGCACACUGGAGUGGAAAACCCAGCUGAAGGUCAACUUCCAGAGAGCCGCAUUGAAGCUAUGGCACACCAAGUCCAAGCCAUGUUUCCGCACAUGCCAUUCAACAUCAUAAUGGAGGACCUGAGACACACUCAUUCCCUUGAAGUCACCACUGAUAAUAUUUUGGAAGGAAACAUAGCAGUGCCUUCUGUCUGGACACCCCCUGAGGAACAAUCAGAAGAUUCAGAGCUCCUACAGAUAGCACACCCAAGCACAAUGAUUUCUUUAAAUACACGUGAAGAAACCGAAAGCUCUACAAGUGAGACAGAACAGGACAGCACUUCAACAGAAGCAUCUGAUGAUGUGGAAGCGAUGAGAGAACAGGCGCUAGAAGAAGCUGCAUCGUUAGAGGAGCGCCCAAAGCGCGAUGAGAGUCCACCACCUAAUGAAACACCACCAGGAGAGAGAUACAGGAGUACAUCGCCAUCUUUGAUGGAGUUCCCCACACAGUCAUCUGUCAGACAGUCCCUGUUGUUAAAAAGAAAAGAGAUGAUGCUUCAACACGCUAGGAGGCGUUUUCUGGAUAGAGAGGUCUCAAAUCAGAGUGAAUCCAGUCAGUGAUGGAAACGAAGUGACAGUCUUUCACACUGGAAGCAGCUGAUGCCAACGUUCCAGAUGGUGUGGUAGUUGUAGCCCGGAAGAAGAACUCCAGGAAAGCAGUUAAACUAUUUAGAUCUCUAUGAGGAGAACAGGAAAUUCUGAACAAUUUAAUCAACUUUGUGACUCAGCAAAAUCCAACUUUUGACUCCAAGACAAAUUAAAGAUACCCUCCUUUAGAGGAAAUUGGCGUAAGAUAAUUUUCCCACUUUUAGUUUUAAAAGUCAGGCAAGGCGUGGUAUUCAAAUGACAAAACUAAGUCAGUUCCGUUAAAUAUCAGGUGCCUUUAACUUGCCCAUCCGUCCAUUACUGGGUACAUUGCGUAAAGGUUAAAAGAGAACCAAGUUACGGCUUCAGAUUUAUUUUGUGUAGCUCGCAUAGUGUGCAUUGAUGUGCAUGUAGUGUAGUCGUAUUAUUGAACUAAUCACGAAAUGUUGAUUUUACUUCCUGGCCAAUACCUUAUUUGUUCUUGAAUGCGCACUACUAAAGAAAUAGAUCCACGCAUAGGGUUUGAUGUUAUCCCAAGGAACCUCGAAAUGCUUUGAAUAUGAUCGUUGCGUUGUAAUCAAGGCUUUGAAUAUGAUAGAUGUGCUGUUAAAUUUUAUAUAAAAAAUUAGUAUUUUUAAUGGCUCAAAAUACUGCAGCAAAAAUUUUAAUUGCAUAACGCUCCGUUGAAAUGUUUUCCCUUACAUAACACGGAAAAGCCUUUUGAACAGUUCCUGAGAUUUCAUGAGGUUAAGAUGGUACAAACCCUGCGGUGUACAUGGCUCAUAAUUUUGUAGUUUGAUUUGAAAAUAAAGCAAGUUAGUAAUGCGGUGAUGAUCUCUGCAAUGAAUGGUCACAAAUAGCUUCAUUCACCUCACAAAUUGAAACAUUCAGUGUUCCUUUAUUUUACAAUAAACAAAGUUGAUAACUGUC